GUGCAGCUGACAAGUUAGAUCAAGAGAAAUGUAAAGCUAAGGCUAUUGAUAUAUUCAACACUCAUCAUCCACUCCUCUCUCAGUCUCUCUCUGAUCCUGUCAGUGUAGCUAUUAUGCUUCAAAGAGAGAGUGUCAUAAGAGGACAAGUAUUGGCUAGUGUGGAAUCAGCUAGUCCCUCUGUUCCUAAUCAACGUGAAGUCCUGUUAGCUGCCAUUAUAGUAGCUAUUGAAAGCAAGUAUAGUUCACUACAAACAUUUGCUAGUGUGUUGUGCAAGUUCACUGGUAAUGUAAAACUGGGAACAGUUAUACAAAGAGACUAUGAUACACAAUUUUCUACUGAUGAAUUUGUUAAUAUUGAAAUGGAAGAAGAUUCAAGCACUGGAACAGUCACACCAUCAUCACCUCACACACCAACUGCACCAACAGUUGAAAUUCCUGUUCGAAAGAGUAAAUCAAGAGAAUUCAGUUCAAUAAGAGCUUCACUUGCUAGAAUGAUAUUUAAAGUGUCCAAAGCUAUUACACAGAAAUCUCCACCUCUGAUUGACCUAAAGUCUCUCAUUUGUCUCUUUAAUUCUGAUCUAAAAGGAAAGCUAGCUGAGUGCAAUGAUAUAUCCAGUGUAGUGCAUGUGAUUGAAGGAGAGUGUUCAUUGACUGAUAUUGAACUGUUAGAAACUGUAGUUGAGGAAUUUGAAGUCCUUGAA